CCUGUGGUGUGCUUGUCGCUGACAGCUUGAACUGCGUGGAAUGGAGCCUCCUGCCACCAGCGACUGAGGAGAUGGUUGCGCAGGCUGAGCAGCUGAAGGGCCGUUUCCAGGGGGAUCCUUCUUUUGAGUAUGAGUACACUGAGAUAAAUGCAGAAGAUGCUGAAAGAUUGUUUGAAGAUGGUAAGGAGCCCGUGAUCAAGGAGGAGGCCCGCCUCAUAGCAACGAUAGAACAGAUAGACAGAGCAGUUGGUAUCAUCCCCCGGGGGGCAUUUGUGAAGACUCCUCUUGGAUCUGUGCAUGAAAACAGAAACUUUGAAGGUCUUUCUUUGACAGAGGCAAAAAAGUUAAGUUCCUAUUUCCAUUUUUCUGAGCCUGUUAACCUGAAGAAUAAAACCCUGCUGGAAAAGGCUGACCUGGACCCAUCCACUGACUUUCUAGACUCUCUGGAGCAUGAUAUCCCACAAGGCUCCUGGACUGCCCAGCUAGAGAAGGGAGGCACUGUGGUGGUGCUGCGGAGCUUGCUGUGGCUGGGACUGACAUUCUACCAUGUCCCAAUGUCCAAGCAAUAUGGCUACGUCUACUUUGGCACUGGCGAGAAGAACUUAGAUCUGCCCUUCAUGCUGUGACUCUCCUGUCUGGGAUGAGGACUUGAGAACAUUUAGAUUUUAUACUUAGGAGAUUUUUUUUUACUGCUUGUUCUAAUAAAUGUGUGAAACCUC